CUAUGAUAAAAAGUCUUAAAUAAAAAUACUAAUUACGCAUCUUUCGUCUCAAAAUAGUAAUGAAAAACAUAUAAAUUGGUCAUUGAGCAUUAGAUCAUUACCUCGAGUCGAAGCAAACUCAAUAAUGAAGGUUUUCUUGCUCUUAGCUUUUGUCGCCUGCGCCAGCGCUCAAUGGGCACCCAACUGCGGAAGAAGUCAGUACCCUGAUCCUGCUCCCGAACAGAAUACAGAUGAAUUCGGUAGAGUUGUUGGUGGCUGGGAAUCCAGACCAAAUGAAUUUCCUUAUCAAUUGAGUUUGAGAAGAUUUGGAAGUCACACUUGCGGAGCUGUCAUCAUCAACAGCCAAUGGGCUCUUUCUGCCGCUCAUUGUACUUCCUCUGGAUCUGCAAGUGGUUUGGCCGUUGUUGCUGGAGCUCAUCGUAGAAGCAGCCCAGCUGCUGCUGAACAAACUUCAAACCUUUUGAGUGUAACCAACCACGAAGACUACCAAAACCCCCUUCGUUACUCCAACGAUAUCACUCUUCUCAGAUUGGAAACCCCAUUGACCUUCAACGCUCAAGUCACUGGUGCCUGUGCCCCAAGAGAUGUCACCUAUGAUGAUGAUACCGUUACCAUUUCUGGAUGGGGAUCUACCUUCUCUGGUGGUUUCGUUACCGAUGAAUUGAGAUACACCAAUGUUCAAGUAUGGAGCAAUGAUGAAUGUUCUGGCCCAUACCCAGGAAGCAUCGAUGAUAGCAUGAUCUGUGCUGCUGCCCCAGGCAGAGAUACCUGUCAAGGAGAUUCUGGUGGCCCAAUGGCUUACAACAACAACGGUCAAUUCGAAGUUGUCGGUUUGACUUCAUGGGGAAGAGGAUGUGCUCUCGCCACCCAUCCAGGAGUUUACGCCAGAGUCAGUGCCAAUCUCCAAUGGAUCGCUGAUAACACCCAAUAAGAAGUUUCAAACUUGAUACUUAAGCCAAAAUAAAUUGUAAAAUGUUUUAAAUUAGUUUCUAUCACAAAUAAUUUCUUUUAAGUUGCGUUUGCGUAAUUGCGCUAUGACUAUUCAGGUUGAAUGUUUUACGUAGAAGAAUUUUUUUGGAAGGCAAACACAUAUCUUAAAUACAAAACGUAUUGUUGGUGAAAUAAUAACAUUCUAAGAGACGAUAUAGUUUUCGGAAAGUAUGAAUACGUUUCUGCUUCACAUGAUAAAGCAAUUUUAUUCCAUUACUAAAGGUAGAUUAAUUAUGAUAAUUAUUUUUUUUAACAAAGCACACUUUUAUUGCUUUCCUGUUGGAAAUAAUGUGAAGUUUUGUUAAAGGCUUCGAAAAGUCAACAUCGAUGAAACGUUUUUCUUUUUUUCGUAAUUUUUGUAAUUUAUAAAUACUUUGCACAUGUUUCAAAUAAUGCUACAAGUUAAAUUUUGAAUGUAUUACCUAAUUGAAAGAAUGAUAGAAAAAAUAAGUUUGACAAUUGACAAAAAAAAAAUUGAAGACUAAAAAAUCUUUUUCUAACCAACAAAUGAGAUCACGUAAAUAUGACAUAUUCAGUAUUCUUUAGUUUUCAAAAGGACAGAAUUUUUGAAAAUGUUUCUUGAAAAACUCUUAUAUAGCGCAUCUAAACAAAACGUAUUGAAUAAUUGAAAAACGUUUCUUCCUGUCGGGAAAAUGGCUUUCAACAUUAAAUAAACCUGUUGAAUUUGAAAUGGCACACUUUCUUAUAUGUUAAUAAUAUAUGUAUAUUAAUUGAAUAAAGAUUUACUUAUAUAAGCUUGGAAGUCAUACUUGUGAAGGGGUCAUAUUGAAUACCGAUUGUGCGUUAAGGCUGCACAUUGUACUGAUGGAAAUGCUAGAUGUUGAGGUUGUUGCUAGUAUUUAAAAGAAAUCAUGAAAGAUAUGAAAUCGUUUUUUAAUGAAAACA